UUUGAUCGGGAAGAGUGACUGCAGGUUUGCGUGUCCUGCGCAGCUGGCAUGGAGCGGACGAGGAGAACUACCUGUGUUGCGCGUGUCGACUUCGUUGCGUAUACUUUAUCCAUGUCUGUAUCAAAACCAAUCUUAUCCACGUUGACGUUGUUGACGCAAAGCAGCGUCUCAGGUCCUUUUCUAGACGUGUCACUAAAAUGAGUUCGAUUAAUUGAUUUGACUUUCCGUGUCUGUGGUUGUAUGCCAAACCCUGAGAGUGGGUGCGUGUUUUUUGUGUGUAGUUUGAGUGUGUGUGUUGUGUGACAGACAGAUGCCAGUAAUUUCUCGGUGCCCCGAUGCGCUCAUUGGUGCGUCCCUCCAACGUGUCACCAGUUUUGGUGGAUUACCCCAGAUAUCUUCAACCAUCAGGAGGGUGCAACUUCACUCUUUUCUCGCAACUCCUCGCAGUGUCCAGCUGCCAACGAGACACUCUGACAACAUUUGGGAACUUGUGACUUCAAAAAAGAACAACUCAGGGAAAGAUAUUAGAUUCAUUUUUAUUUGUUCUUUUUACGCACGCAGAAUAAAAAUGCAUUUAUUUACUUCAGAGUCCAAGAUGACGCCGUCUUUCUCAGUCCCUGCCUUUCUGUUUUUGGUACCCUUUUUGUUGAAGGGUCUCUGCGUCAGAGGCUCUCCAGGCUGCGCGUCUUGCGGGUUGUCUGCGAUGGAAAAAGACGCAGAGGAAAGGCUGCUGACAGAAAUCGCAAAGCAACAACUUUUGGACAAGCUGCACCUGAAAGAGAGACCAAAUAUCAGUCAGACAGUGCCCCGGGAGGCGCUCCUCACUGCGCUGCGCAAACUGCACUCGGGGCGCGUCAGACAGGAUGGGACUCUUGAGCUAGAGAACAAUAUACCUACCAAAGAUCAAGGCUAUGAAAUAGUGAGCUUUGCAGAUAUAGAUGAUAUGGGGAGUGGUGAUGGAGCUGGUCUUAGUCUUACCUUCCAGUUCCUGCAGGAACGUGGCCAGAGUAUCCAGGUCCUCCAGUCUUCUCUGUGGAUCUACGCCCGCUCCUCCGGGGACCCUAACCGAGAUUCCCGCCUCCCUGCCAGGGUUUUCCUCACCACAGAGGGGGGGGCAUAUGGCUCUAACCGCACCCUGGUGAUAGAAAAAAUGCUGGAGGUCCAGGAGAGUAACUGGCACACCUUCCCUAUCACCCGCACCCUGCAAACCUUCCUGGAUGGAGGCCAGCAUCGUCUACGUCUGGAGGUCAGCUGUGAUGAGGAUGGGAAGAACCUCUGCUCCCUUGACGGCUCUGCUGACAGCCUCCACCAGCCCUUCAUGGUGGCCCAGGUGCAUCUCCGUGAAGACCGCUCCAAGCACUUACUCAGGAAGCGCUCACUGCGCUGUGGGGACGAUGUCACCGUGUGCUGUAAGAGAGACUUCUACAUCAAGUUCAAAGAUAUCCAGUGGCAUGACUGGAUCAUUGCACCCGAAGGCUACCACAUGAACUACUGCAUGGGUCAGUGCCCUCAACACCUGUCUGGCUCACCUGGUAUGGCAUCCUCGUUCCAUGCCACUGUCUUCAGCCAGCUGAAAGUCAACGGCAUUAACACGGCUACAUCUUCAUGUUGUGUUCCCACUGAGCGUCGGCCUCUCUCCAUGGUUUACUUCGACUCGCAGCACAGCAUUGUCAAAAGGGACGUCGUUGAUAUGAUAGUGGAGUCCUGCGGAUGCACAUAAAGGACAGAGUCUUAAAGACAUGAUAUAUUUAACAUUGAUUUGUUUUAACAUAUAAACAACUUUGAAGAUUUAUUUCUCUAUUGCAAAGACAGGAAGUAGAAACUCUUAUGAACAGAAAAGUUGAUAUCAAAGUUUUCUUUGUGGGUUUAAUGACAUCAGGGAAAUAGUGCACUUGAAGAAAAAGAGAUUUUUAUAGAAUAAGCCAAAACUAUGGCGCUCAGGAAUAUUAUAGUGACCAAUAAUACAUAUUUAGAAAGUUUAUAUAUCUAAAAUAUUUUAACAUUUAAUAUAGUUUGUCACAUUAUAAUUUUAAAUGAUAUCUAAAAAUAUUUUUUAUAUGCAGUAUGUAAAUCAAUAUUGAGUGCCUAGAACCGAAUGAAAUGAGUAAGAAUAUACAAUAUAAUGAGAUUGUAAACUCGGUGAGAAUACACACAGAUGUAUAAUGAAGCAUAUGUCAGAGGCAUUCAUUAAAGAGAGGGCAGAAACUAACUAACCAUAGAUCAGGCCAUGGAUCUGGCCGAUUGAAGUCUCACUAUUCUUCCUUUUUUUAAAGAUUUAUUUUUGGGCUUUUUAUGCCUUUAUUGUAGUGAUGGGAUAGUGGAUAGAGUUGGAAAUCAGGGAGAGACAGAGGCGGGAAAGGAGCCACAGGUCGGAUUUGAACCCUGGCCACCCGCUUGGAGGACUAAAGCCUCCGUACAUGGGGCGCGCGGUAAGUCACACUAUUAUAAAUUAAAACGUUUCUAGUGGUCACACAAUAACCGCAAAGAGGUUAUAGUCUGAAGCCUUUACUGUUGUGGAAAGUUAAGGGGUGUUUUUUUGUUUUCGUGUUAUUUAUUUUGUAUUUCAAACUUUUUGAAAGUAUUCAGUUCGAAGUGAAAUGUUUUCUCUUUCUCGGGAAAAUUGGGCAGAACUCAAAACACUUUUAGCUCUAAAGUGAUUUUUGUAAUAGUCACAGUGUCCACGUGCAAUAUAUACACUUGAACUUCUUUAGUUUGAAUACAUUUAUAGUUUGAAUACGUCUUUAUUUGAAUGGCUUACCUGCACCUUUUUCGUAGCCUAACUAAAUGCUGCCAUUUUAAUGCAAGACUUUUAAAGCAAUGAAAGAGAUCUUUGAUUUAAAGUGUGCCUUCUUCCUUAACUCAUAUUGCCAAAGUGCAACUUGUGACAUUGAGUGAUAAUCCAUCGUGGUGUGAAUACCAAAGACUAUGUAUAUCACUUCUAAUUGUUUUUUCUUAUGUGGUUAAUUGUGUAUUUUUAUGUGGACCUGUGACACAGUAUUCAUAAUGACUAUUAUUUGUAUUCUGAAAGUGUGACUUUCUAAAUAACAUCAACUUGGAAGAAGAUGUAAGUCGCAGUUUUAUGACAGUGAACUUAAACCCAGAUAAGAGGUAAUAUCUGCCCUGAGUUCUGUUCUGCAGGUUUUAAAAAAAUGCUUGAUCAGCAUCUCCACUGUAAUAUUUACCAAAGUCGGCUAAUCAGUUGAGUAAUGGCGGCUCUGACAGUAUUUGAACCCCAGGUCAUUUUUUAGCAACGUGAGUAAACUAUUGCUUCAGUGUCAGGUAAUGUGAAGGUCUGUGAGGCAGCUAGGUCACUCAGCAUGUGCUAUUGCACGUUGGCUUUUAUAUCCAAUUUGAAAGUUUUCCAGGAUGAUGUCAAAUUAGGAACUUCCUGCUAAAGGCAAUCUGGGAAUCUAUUUGUCUGAUUUGAAAAUGUCUUCCUACAAUGACCUUUUUUUAAACAGCAUGAAAACAAUGGAAGCUCACAAAGUAAAGAAGUGUGGUAAUGUUUAAGACACAUUUUACAAGGUUUUUCAAAAUUGAAACUGGCAGCAAAGUUUCAAAGUUAAUCUGUCAGAAAAGGGCAUCGCGUGAAUUCAUGUUUGGGAAAAUAUUGUGGAUGAACAACAUUGUCCUUUGUGCCAACUUUAAAGGUAUUACAAUGCUGUAUGAAAUAAGUUCCUAUAAUUUGUGACACUGGCCAUGCCUAUUCUCUGGAUGUAUCGUCCUUCCAUUAUAAACAGGAGAACAUUUUUCUGGUGAUAAUUUCAGAAACGUCCUUAAAUAUUUCUAAAAAAUAUUUAGCAAACUUGUUCCAUCAAUCUCUGUUGCCUCUCAAAGCUGCACUUGUACUAUUUCUUCAGACUUCAAACCAGUGUGAAACCAUUUGAAUGAUAGUUCUUUGUUCAGAAUUUGAUCUUGUAAGCACCAGCUGUCCCAGGACUCAAUGUGACAUUGAGAUGCGUUUGAAACAUAACUUACUUAGCACUUUAUCAUCCUACUGUAUUUUUAGAGGAGAUUUUUUUUUUUGCUUGAAGGUUCUACCACUUAUAACUCAAGUAAGCAUUAACAAAAGAUGGAAAUAGGCUUACAGAAAUCAAACUUUAAUCAGUCUAUUUUCUUCAGCUCUUAGUUGGGUUUAGUAGUGUGGAACUGUGUGUGUUUGCGGAGCAUAAACAUGAUGCAAGAUUCUUCUGCAUACUGUAACUGGUGGAAAUGCAGCCAGGUUUUUGUGUCAAUUGAAAGUUACAAUUAUUGUUUUUAUUUUUAUAUAAUACUAUAUUUUCUGCAUACCGAAUGGGUUUUAAAGCAAUUAAAUAUAAUGUGAUGAAAUUAUAUAAUUGCUGUAUAUUUUUAAUAAAUAAAUAUUUGAACUGU